AUGAAUCGCGACGUAUCUCCGGUUUUUGAUUCGCUGGACAUUGAUCUGGUGUUCAAAGUGCUGAAGAAUACCUUGUUCAGCCCCUUUUUUGUCUUCUUCGUUCCUGUCCUCUACGUUUUCUCAGGUGCAGGGACAAGUGACCCGUUCGUCCUCUGGUCUGGAGGCUACUACGUGCUGCUAUGCAUCUAUUGGCUCGGUGAUUGGCUGUCAACUUUGUACAGAAACCAAGGCAGUCUUCUGUUCAGACCUCCUCGCUUCGACUGGGGCGAGCAGAUUGUUGUAGUCACUGGAGGCGCUUCCGGCGUCGGUGAACUGCUCGCAAAUACUCUCGCUGUUCGAAAUGUGACUGUAGUGGUACUCGACGUUAACCCGAUUGUCUCCGAAAAUCACAACAUCGUCUAUUACAAAUGUGAUAUCUCCAAGUGGGAUGCAGUUGAGGCGGUUUCGAAGAAGAUUGUGGAAGAGAUCGGCCACCCCACUGUGCUUGUAAAUAACGCUGGCGUCGUGCAAGGGAAGCUUGUCACCGACUUAAGUGCUGCGGAUGUGCAACAAACGUUUGGGGUUAACACACUCGCGCAUUUCUGGACUCUGAAAGCCUUCCUUCCUAACAUGAUCAAAAAUAAUAGUGGACAUAUCGUCACUGUCUCUUCGAACCUAGCUUAUGCUGGGGUCGCUCAAGCUGCCGACUAUUGUGCAUCUAAAGCUGCGGUCAACUCGUUACAUGAUUCUCUGCGAUACGAGCUUGACAAUAUACAUAAAGCACCAAGCGUUCGAACUACUCUUCUAUGCCCAGGCCAUCUGUUGACCCCUCUUUUCGCGACGGUAUCUUACCCCAAGUCUGGCUGGCACCAAUUUUUCUUUCCCUCGGUCGCCCCUGUUGACGUGGUCAAGAGCAUCAUCCAGGCUCUUGACGACCAGCAUUCCAAGACGAUCAUGCUGCCGCUGUACUCUCAUCUCAUGCCGUACAGACAACAUCUUCCGAGUUAUUUGAAGGAUUUCGCGCAAUGGGUGAGCGGAGCAGAUCAUAUGUUGAGGAAUUUCCAGAAGGUCAGUGGUCGACGACCGGACGAAAAGAUUGAAUAA